AUGGAGGACGAUCAGUGCUCCAAAGAUGCUGGAGAUGGCAUCGCCGUGAUCGGCAUGAGCUGUCGAUUCCCUGGCACAGCAACUUCGCCGCAAGGGUUGUGGGAGAUGAUGAAGAACAAGAAUACAGCUUGGUCUGAGAUACCGCCUGAUCGAGUGAACAUAGACGGUUUCUAUCACCCCGAUGGUCAAAGACAAGGCAGCAUUUCAUUUCGAGGCGCCCACUUUCUUUUGCAAGAUCUUGCUAGAUUCGAUGCUGCAUUCUUCUCAGUGACCGAGGAAGAAGCCAAAGCCAUGGACCCACAGCAGCGUCUGCUGCUUGAAACUUCGUAUGAGGCUAUCGAGAAUGCUGGGCUGCGGAUCGAAGAUCUCGGGGGAUCCAAUACUUCCGUUUUUGUGGGCUCAUUCGUCAAAGAUUAUGAGCAGGUUUCCCUCAGAGACGCCCACUACCAGCCACGAUAUGCUGCUACUGGUACCGGCAAUGCAAUCUUGGCCAAUCGAAUCUCUUACUUCUACGAUCUGCAGGGGCCCAGCAUGACCAUCGAUACAGGUUGCAGUGGCAGUCUUGUGGCAAUCCAUCAGGCGUGUGAGACCUUGCGCCACGGGGAAAGCUCGAUUGCGUUUGCUGCGGGCGCUGGAGUCAUCCUGACACCCAACACCAUGAUGCCCAUGACCGCUCUGAACUUUCUGAGCCCGGACGGAAGGUCUUUCAGCUUUGAUGCCCGGGCCAACGGAUAUGGUCGCGGGGAGGGUGUUGGCUUUGUCAUACUCAAACGACUGACAGAUGCUCUGAGAGAUCAAGACCCCAUUCGUGCUAUCAUCCGUGGUACGGGUAUCUGCCAGGAUGGCCGAACUCCUGGCAUUGUCUUCCCGAGCACCAAAGCCCAGGUUUCAAAUAUCACAAGUGUUUAUCAUAAGGCUGGCUUGUGCUUUGAUCAAACGGCGUAUGUGGAAUGUCAUGGCACUGGUACCAGAGCUGGUGAUUUUGUUGAGCUCAGUGCAGUUGCGGCGACUCUUGCAGCCGCUCGCUCCCAAGACUCUCCAGUCAUUGUCGGCUCGGUGAAGCCAAACAUUGGACAUCUCGAAGGUGCUGCGGGAGUUGCUGGACUCAUCAAGAGUGUCCUUGUGCUUGAGAAGGGCGAGAUACCUCCGCAAGCCAACUUUAUGACUGGGAAUCCCAGGGUCGAUUUCCGGGAAUGCAGGCUCAAGGUCCCCACAGACUUAUGUCAGUGGCCUCUUCCUGGCCUCCGGCGUGUCAGCAUCAACUGUUUCGGCUUCGGUGGCACCAAUGCACACGCCAUUCUGGACGAAGCAGAAUUUCACGUCAAAAGGCAUAGACCUACUAACAUCGGCAGGCUGGCGACUUUGGCAGAGGCAGAGAAAAUAGUGGUCGAAGACGAUUCUUCGACACCUUUGCCCCAGCUGUUCACCUUUACCUCACCCGACCAACAAGGCGUGGUCCGCAUCAUGCACCAAUAUGCGGACCACAUUUGGGAUACCCUCGAUUUCAAGACGACUGAAGACCUCAACAACCUCUCCUACACCCUCAACUGCCGACGCUCGCAGUUUGACUGGAAAGGCUACGUUGUCGCUAACACCCAGGAGGAACUGGCUGAGACUCUCGGCUCGACAGACGUGGACAAGGUUGUGCGAUCCAAGACUCGACCUCAUCCCAAGAUUGCAUUCCUUUUCGGCGGACAGGGCGCCCAGUUCCCAGGAAUGGGAUCGGAGCUCUUUGAUCGAUUUGAAGUACUCCGCAGCAGUCUUGAAGCAGCGACUGAGUACCUUCUUAAACACCUUGGCAGCCAGUUCAACCUCAUGACUGAGGUUUUGAAAAUUCAACACGAAUCAGUUAUCCACAAACCUUCCAUCAGCCAGCCAGCCACAACAGCGAUCCAGAUGGGUAUCGUGGAUCUCAUGAAAGCAUGCAAUGUGCACCCAUCAUCGGCGGUGGGACACUCGUCCGGCGAAAUCGCCGCGGCCUAUGCUUGUGGAAUGAUUAGCCGCGAGGACGCAUGGACCAUAGCGUUCUAUCGAGGAGCAUGCGCUGAACAGAUGAGCAUACGACUUUCAGGGCCCAGAUUCCAAGGCCUCAUGUGUGCUGUCAGCAUGUCCGAAGACGAUAUGCGGAGCUACCUUUCCCGCGAGGGUGUCUCCGAUACAAUCCAAGUGGCCUGCAUCAAUAGCCCCAAAUCUGUGACCAUCUCCGGUGACGCGAGCGGGAUACGACUCAUAGCCGUUGAGCUCAAGGAAAGGGGUGUUUACCAUCGAAUUCUCGACGUUCCGGUGGCCUAUCACUCGUACCAUAUGAAGUACGUUGACUCGGAGUAUAAAGCCUGUUUGCAGGAUCUACCCAUGGACUUUUGUCCUGGCAUUGCCCCGAUGUUCUCCUCCGUCACUGGCAGUCGUAUGGAACUUGGCGUCCAGUCUUCCAGAUAUUGGACUGAUAACCUCACCUCUCCUGUGCUCUUCUCUGAUGCUAUGAAGAUCAUGCUUCAAGAAUCGCGCCCAGAUGUACUUCUGGAGUUUGGGCCUCAGAGUACCUUGAGGACGUCUGUUACAGAUAUUCUGGAUGACAUGUUCGUCGGUCGACGGAUUAAACUAGCCCCAAGGUAUGUGUCCGCCAUGGCACGCGGCAACAACGAAGCCUAUUCCGUGCUGUCAGCCCUUGGGGCACUUUGGUCGCAAGGCUGUAAUGUUGACAUGCAAGGCAUGGUCAAAAAGACUUGUGUUCCUUUGAAGACUCUACGUGACCUUCCAUCUUAUCCCUGGGACCACUCUAGACAGUACUGGCACGAGUCACCAAUGAGUAGAGAAUACCGAUUGCGUAGUCACGGUCGCCAGGACCUUCUCGGCGAACCGACAGCCGACUCGAUACCCAUGGAACCGCAGUGGCGGGGUUUCUUGCGCGUGUACGAGAGUCCUUGGAUCAGGGACCACCAAGUACAAAGGACCAUGAUCUACCCAGCCGCCGGUAUCGUUACAAUGGUCAUCGAGGGAAUCCGACAACACACAUCGGACAAAGCGGACAAGAUUGCCGGCUUUGAGAUCAUCGACAUGGUUAUCGAAGCGCCGCUGAUUGUUCCCGAGAGCCGAUAUGGUCUCGAGACGAGCUUGAAUGCAAAGCAGCUUUUCCAAGAAUGGCAUCAUUCCGGUGACAUGUCCUACUCAUGGACACUCUACGCCAGAGCUGAAGGAAGACCCUGGGCUAGACACGCUUGGGGCGAGGUGCAAUGCCACAUGCGGGCAAUGCCUGAUGCUGAGUCUGACCAAACACCAGCGUUCAGCUGCGAGCAUAGGUUCAAAGCCGCUGAACUAAAGUCAACUGAGGUCGUGAGCCCAUUGCAUAUGUACCAGGCGCUCGAAGUUGUGGGCAUGAACUACGGUCCAUCAUUCCGUAAUAUCACCUCUGUGUCCCGAGGUGAAAACGUCGCAGUGGGACAGGUCACGAUUCCUGACACAAAGUUCAUCAUGCCGCACAAAUUUGAAUUCGAUCAUGUAUUGCACCCGGCAACUCUUGAUGCGAUGUUUCAGUUGCUGUUGGCAAUCGACACAGCGCCAAUGGUACCUACCAGAAUCGAUAGCAUCUACGUUUCAACACAAAUACCCAAGGACCCAGGAACACGCCUCGACGGAUUCGCGAAGAUUACUUCAACCAGCGUGAAGGGCGUUGACGCACAGCUUGCGAUGACAGUUCAAAACUGGGAUCAACCUGCCGUCGUUAUCAAAGGUCUUCAUUUGAAUGCGCUGCCGCAGACUAAUUUCUUGCCUGGUCAUCACAAUCUGUGCACUGAGAUUCGGUGGAUGGAGUUCUUCGGCACAGCGAAGCCCUCCCAAUUUUCGCAUCUCCUUCAGCUUGUGGCUCACCAGUACCCCGGUCUGUCAAUUUUGCAACAUGGAGGCAACUACGACAUGGCCAAACAUGUACUCGACAUGGUGGCCUCUGGCGAUGAUCACGUCCCCCGUCUUUUGCGAUAUUCUUUGACAGGUCUAGACCAGGAAGUCCUUGUGGCCCUCAAGAACGCGUAUAGCGGCUCUCCUAUCAACAAUCUUCUAGAGCGCCGUGCACUCAGCGGCAACGUGGAGGCUGAUCCAAGAUACCACCUCAUCAUCUCGUCCUCUCGCAACAGCGACCGAGAUCGUUUGCUGGCGCUGCUGCACCCAGAUGGACUCCUGCUUGAGACAAGGCCACAUGAUUCUUUUCCGAAGGGCAAUUGUGACCCUCAACACGUCACCAUGGCAUACUCUCAGGAUGGAAACUAUAUAUCUGAGCAGCUGUCGCUGACUCGAGCACAUCGGAAGAUCAACGAUCGCUACUUGGACAUUCUCAUUAUCGUGCCCAAUGCCCCUGAUAGAAACCUCCAAUAUCUGGCGAGUUGUCUCGAAGCUAAGCUCUGUCAACUGGAGCUUAAGCCCUGUAUCUCGACUCUUGAAGAAGCCUGCUUACGCGACUCUGUUGACGCAAUGCAGACUACAAUGAUCUGCCUCUUAGAUCUGAACCACUCAACCGAGGGUUCGUCCUCUUUCGUAUGGAAUUGGACUGAGGAGAAAUUCCACGCAUUUAGGAAGAUGCGUGCUCUGUCGAAAGCAAUGCUUUGGGUGACCCGUGGGGCCGACAAGAAGUCAACAUUACCCAAGAACGCGCCCAUAAUUGGCCUGGCUCGUACUUUAAACUCGGAGGACCUUGAAAAAGUCAUGGUCACGCUGGACUUGGACAAUGACAGCUGGAUUGCCUCUCCAAGCGUCAUUGACAAUAUCGUCCAGACACUAGCCGGACUCAACAAGGAUGACACAAUCGGUAAUGAUUUGGCUGGCAUCGUUCUUACCGUUGGCGAUUCUGUUCACAACAUCAGGCCCGGUGAUCAGGUCGUGGCUGUCGUUCCAAGAGGCGCCUUGAAGAGUGUACAGGACAUUGAUCAGCGAUUCGUCAAACGAGUUCCUUGCGGCCUUCGAAAGUGCAUUCCAAGUGCCUGGAUUCAGGCCUACUAUGGUCUCGUCACGCGAUGCGCCAUCACCAAUGACCAAACCGUUCUGAUUCUUCACGGAACCAGUGCUACUGGGCAGGCUGCUAUCCAGAUCACGCAAGCCUUGGGCGCAAAGGUCUACACAACCAUCAGUGGCAACGAUCUACAAGUUCAACGCAGAGAACUGUCUCAGCACUUCAGCCUCGACGCCAAUCGCGUUUAUAACUCUGAUGAUUCGGACUGGUGCUCAAAGAUGCUCCGGAGCAAUGAACAGGUCAAGGUGGACAUCGUCUAUAACCCGGGUCCGAGGAACCUCUGCGAUAUGAAGCUGGUUCUUAAAUCCACUGGAACGUCGAUUAGACAUGCCGACAGCCUAGUCCCAGACGCCUGCCGGCCAUACGAGGAUCCUCCUCUGAGCAGCAUUAUCCGCCUAGACCUCGCCUUGCUUCUCGAGAAUGAGCCGGCUCUAGUCGGAGACAUAUUUACCAGAGUCGUAGAUUUUGUGCAGGAGCACUAUGGAACGAUCCAGCCAGUGCUCUUCACACGGGCUUGCGCCAUUGAUUCUCUGUCUCAUGGGUUUGCCGCGGUCAGAGACAAUGGAUCAUGCGGAGGCACACUUGUUACAGCAGAUUCCAGCAGUAUGGUACUCCUCCCUCCGUCCUGCCAGAACUCGCGGCUUCAAGACGCUUUGGAUGGUGGAACUUACGUCCUAGCUGGGGGUCUUGGUGGCCUCGGCCGCAGUGUCGCCCGACGGUUAGCCGGUGAGGGCGCCAAGAAUAUCGUAUUUCUUUCCAGGACGGCCCCUUCAUCUAUCGAAGCAAUCAAGUGCAUCAAAUUCCUCCGCGGUAGUGGGGUCAGGGUUCUGCACAUAAUGGUAGACAUUUGUGACGCCGAAGCAGUCAAAGACACAUAUGCCAGCAUCGUGUCUUCAGGGAUGCCGCCCGUCUCCGGCAUCGUCCAAGCCGCAGGAAUCCUCCAGGACUCGCUAUAUGAUAAGAUGUCGUUCGAAGACUGGAUGAAAGUGAUGAGACCAAAGACCCUCGGCUCUUCCAACCUUGUCGAGCACUUCGGACGACCAGCCGAUCUGGCUAAGCCUCCUUGGUUCAUUUUUCUGUCCAGCUCUGCUGGGAUCAUUGGCAAUAGAGGCCAAGCCAACUAUGCCGCGGCCAACGUCUACCUAGAUGCCCUCGCGCGCAGCGGCAAGAUCAUGGGACGCGCCUAUGCAUUGGACAUUGGCCCGAUCCUAGCUGCAGGCAUGGCCACCGACAGCGACGAGACGCUGAAGAUACUACGAGCCAGCGGAUUUUACGGGAUUCGUCUGGACGACUUCUUGAAAGUCUUUGAGCGCGCUGUCGUCGGGGAGAUCCUUCCCGAUGUCUUGAUGCCGUCGCAAGUUGUGUUGGGGGUCGGCACGGGUGGCUUGAUGCUUCAAAACAAGUCGGCUGAUCCAUUCUGGGCUAGGACGGCCCUUUACUCCUACUUGAAGCUGCUUGAUAUGCCGCCUCCUGACCUCAGCGUUGUAGGCAGUGCUACAGCCAAUUCGUUGAAGUCCAAGCUGGGGGCAUGUGAGGACUUGGCCGAGGCGACGGCUCUCGUCUGCCAUGGCCUCAAGAAAGAGGUUUCAUCCCAGGCGACCGUGGGCGCGGACCAGAUGGAUGAGAGCAAACCUCUAAAGGACUAUGGGGUGGAUUCUUUGACAGCAGUCCAAGUCCGUGCAUGGGCCCUCGAUAAAGUGGGUGCCAGCCUUUCCGUCUUCAAUAUCAUGAGCAACAAGACGAUGCUGGAGCUGUCUGAAGAGAUGGCCCGGACGGCGACGGGGUUCGGAAAGGACGGGGAAUAG